AUGUCUGUGACUGCCUUUUGUGUGUAUUUUGUGUGUUUGUGUAGUUUGGUCAGGACUCAGGUGAUACCCAGCAAGUCUAGAACUAACGAUGGAGAUUAUAACAACGUGAAUACAGACGGAUCUUUUGAUUUUGGGUACAAAAAUAAUGACCGAGGGGGCAGUUACCACCUUGCAAGGGGUAACCAGAACGGGGUGGUAGGCGGUCGUUUCGGUUCAAGGGACCCUGCCACUGACACUAUAAAGGAGACCGUUUACACUGCUGGACCUAGAGGGUUUCGCGCAAAAGGUCCUAAUGUGCACAGAAAAAUGGACCUAGAUCAACGACCUCGUGGACCCAUUGGGAAUAAAGACGAUCCCUAUUUCGACCCAAACGAGGAUCCAAGUUAUUCUUAUAAAUUUGAUACGAGAACGUAUUCUAAAAACGAGAACGCUGAUAGUAGGGGCGAUGUUAAAGGUCACUACUCCUUUGUGGACGACGUGGGUGAGCGGCAUGAUGUUUCGUACGUUGCGGGACGAGACACUGGAUUCCAUGUAUCUUCUUCGCACCCCGAUAGUCCGAGCGUGAUUGGAUCACCGUUCCACAGGGCACCUCUUGUGCGAGGAGAGAGCCGACCUAGAGGUCGUACCGCUGUCCAAAGAGGCUUAGAUGGAUCUUACAGAUUUAUAUCAGCAGGACCAGAUCAAAGGAGGUCAGAAAGCAGUGAUUCUCAAGGCAAUGUCAGAGGGUCCUAUUCAUUUUUAGACGACAAGGGCGUUCAAAGAACGGUGCACUAUAUAGCUGGCCCCGGAAUUGGUUACCGCAUUGUCAAAAAUAAUAAUGAUCCUUUCAUUCCUUCUUUCUUCCCAACCAUACCGAGUGCCUAUGAUCCUGAUUUUGUAAACGGCGCCAUUGGACCGAGUGUAUCUAGCUACACUCCACAUGAUACUAGCGAUGAUGUAUUUAAAGGUCCAGAUGGUUCAGCAGCAUCAGGGCAUGUAAAACCGCCACCUUUUUCCACCGCUGAUAAAGACAGGCCUAGCAACACGCUUGAUAUCAACUCUGUACCUAGUAGUAACUCUGACGAUGGACCAGGUGAUAAUUUCAACAAGGAAUCAGCAAAUGAAGACGCGAGUGUCGUUGAUGAGGACGCAUCAAGUUACGGAGGGUCCCAGCCUACUAAAGGACCAGGCAAACCAUGGCGUCCUACAAGCAAGCCAUUAAGGCCGGCGAAGAAACCUUAUGUGCCUCUUAGACCUUCACAGGACACCAACAAUAAAGACGAUCACGCAGUAGAAUUUGAUGCUGAGAAAGACAACAAUAACACACCUGAACUUGGUGUAGGAUACAAUAUACAUCAUACAAAACCAGGCACUACAAUAAUUAAGAACAUAGGUGAGAAUUACUUCGGCAUACCGCCAGGUGUAUCUGUCAGAGCUCAUGUCCAAAGCAUUGAUUUGUAUCCCUUUGGCUCUAAGCCUGUAUCACCAUCAGAAGCCUUAGAAAACGACAAAACAUAA